ACAAGAAACCAAUACAUCAAUAGGUUUUUUGGAAUAUUCGCUCCAAAUCUCAACUAAAGCUAACGCGCGUAACGCGUAAAAUGCGCACGUAACCGCUGGCCGAUUAUUAUCACGUUUUGCUCAUCUUUGUUAACGUGGAUUUGAAAAUGUCAAAAGAGCCGGAUAAAACUCCUUCUGGGACUGAAAGCUCUUAUAUCGCCCAUGUGGACUCUGAUUCGCCGUCUUCUCCAUCGAUAUCCGACGAACAAGGCCCGCGGUCCCAAAAAGGCGCCGAGGAGGAUGCCCGUUUCCCCCCGUGCAUCCGAGACGCGGUGUCCCAGCUCCUCAAAGGCUAUGACUGGUCGCUGGUGCCGAUGCCUAUGCAGGGCAGCAGGUCUCUGAAAGACAAGCCUCAUGUGAAGAGACCCAUGAACGCGUUUAUGGUGUGGGCGCAGGCGGCGCGCAGGAAGCUCGCGGAUCAGUAUCCACAUCUCCACAACGCCGAGCUCAGCAAGACCCUCGGCAAGCUAUGGAGGCUGCUCUCUGAGAGCGAGAAACGACCGUUUGUGGAAGAGGCAGAGAGACUGCGGCUCCAGCACAAGAAAGACUAUCCGGAUUAUAAAUACCAGCCGCGAAGACGGAAGAGCCUGAAGCCGGGUCAGAGUGAGCUGGACACGGGAGCUGAGGAGAACCCUCACGCCUCGGAUCACAUGUAUAAAGUAGAAGCCGGUGUGAGAGGGAUGCACCAUCAACAGCUCCACGGUGCUCAACCUCACGGUCCUCCUACACCCCCCACCACCCCGAAGUCUGAUCAGCAUCAGAACCCCAAACAGGAGUCCCGGCGUGCAUCGGAUAACACCAGACACAACAUCGACUUCAGCAACCUGGACAUCUCGGAGCUCAGCAGUGAUGUCAUCGGCGGCAUGGGCUCGUUUGACGUGCGUGAGUUCGACCAGUACCUGCCGUUAAACGGUCACACGGAGAACCCCAGCGGCUGUUUCGGCACACCCUACCACCAUCAUCCUCACAGCAGCGCUUCGGCAUGGAACAAGGGGUCACCGAACCAACAAAGACCGCUCAUUAAAACAGAACAAUUGAGUCCUUCUCAUUACGGAGAGUCUCACGGGUCACCGACCCAAUCCGAACUGACUGACUGUCCAGACCUGCAGAACUCCACGUACUUCACCACAUUCUCCGGGUAUCCCGCUGGCAUUUAUCAAUACCCGUACUUCCACUCCUCCAGAAGAUCGUACGUGACUCCCGUUAUCACGAGUCCGUCUCAUAGUCCCGGGGCGAGCUGGGAGCAGCCGGUUUACACCACUUUAACACGACCCUGAUGCCAAGUUUUCAGUCAGAGAUGCUGAGAAUUAUGGGACUGUAUUUGUAAAUCUUGCCAUUUCAUAGACGUUUUUUUUCUGAUAAUUGUUACCUUUAGAGUUUCCUAACAGAUUUUGGAUUCACUUUUCAAUAUUAAAUGUUUUGUGCCUGUGUUAUGGCCAGGAUGAAAGUGUUUAAAAGUGUCAAACUGUCAAUAUUCAAUACUCUGUUUAAACCCAAUCAUGGAUUUGUCUUGAAGAUAUGCAAUUAAACUGUAACUCACUGUUGAUAAAGACCGAGUCGGACUGUCAAACAGCAGAAUAACUCAUGCUUUCCUCACAAUCUGAGUCCAAAAUGAAGCUGUAUUUGAAUAUCGGAGAGAUGCUGGAUCAUCUGUGGUUUGAGCAGAAAAGAGAGAGGGCUGAUUGUGAAUGACAGCGUCUCAAAGGGCUCUUUGUUUUCAUUAUAAAAGAGGCAUUAAUUAAGGGAGGGAACAAAACAAAUACAAAUACAAAGCAGAAAAUCAUUACCACUGCCGUUACAUGAAAGAAGAACACAAGAACAGACACUACCCUCUGCUAUUUGGAUAAACAGCAACAAAAGCAGCAGAAAAUGCUUAAAUUGAGUGCAGGAUAAGAGAAUAAGUUCUUCAUGUGUGGAAAAGAGCCAGUGAUUCCACAGCAGAUGGGUGUGGGUGGACUAGGACUUAUUUUCCUUUCACUAGGUUUUAUUACAUUGAUGAUUUCUGAAGUGGAGAAUGCGUUAGUGUUGAUAUGUACAGCACACAUCAUUUUGCUCGCUGACAUUAUUGGGUCUUAAAACUGGACGGUACGCAGUAAGCACUACGAGAUGUAGCGUCUCUUAUGAUUUUGAUUUCUAGUUAUGGUGAGUUCUUACUGUAUGCAGCUUUUUGGACUCAGAAUAUUUCUGUUGACAUUUGGAGAGCAUGACGAUUGUGAUCUCUAGUGCAAGAGCCAAUAAACAAUGACAAAAAAAUGAAAGAAAUCAUGCUGAGCCAUUAAAAAGACCCCCACAUGAAAACAAUAUAACACACAUCAGGACUGUUAUAGAUGAAAAUCUGAAUAUGAUUACAGCAGAUCAACGUUCAGUGUAUAACACAUGAGGCUUGUUCUGAAACAAACCAUAAUUAACCAUUUAAUAUACAUAUUUGCCAACAAACUUACAGCUAAAUGACUUACAUUAAAUGCACAAUAUUUGCAGUUACUUUGUCUGUUUGUGAUUUACCAAUGAAAAUGAAUGAAUGGUUUAUGAUGAUUUCAUUUGUAGCCACCUACUGGUGUACCCAAGUAUUAUUCUUGCUGGAAAUGUAUAAAAAAUAAUGAUAAUAAAGGUUUGAAUAUAUAUGCAUUAAAAA